CCAACCCGGAGCCAAAGAUGCUCAGACAUCACACUCGACAACAUCAUUCUCAGCCACUCUCCUCGAAAGUGCACUUCAUAUGCGGAUUAGUCCAAGGCAGUGCGUGACCACGACCAGAAACAGACGCUCAAUUCUGCAUCCCGGCGGCGCCUUCCUCAGCGCUGCGCAUCCACGAGGCCCAGCUCCGAUCGCCAUUACCCCUCCCCCAGCUCAUCUCCGUCAGCUUCGCCAAUCCCGUGGCCAGAUCACCGCCAGGCGAGCAGCCCCGCGCGGCAGAACCAUGGCGAGCGACGAAGACUACAUGGCGUUUCUCGACAAGGCGAACAAGGACCUGGACGAGGGUAAGGCGCACGCGCAGAGUCAGGCGGCGGGAGGCUCCAAGACGCAGUUCAAGGCCAUGGACGCGGGGAUGGAGGCGCCCAGUGCUAUCAGCAAAGUGUGCCAGAGCGAGGUGUACGUGAGCGACGCGGACGAGCCGUUUGAGGCGGUUUCGCUCAAGUACUCGGGCAGCGACCUGCCAGACGAGACCGAGUUCGCCAAGCUCAUUCACCAUUGGGACACCAACGCGGCCGAGAUCGACAUCAUGGACCCGCUGGACUGGGACUCGAACGGGCGGUACGGCAAGGUCAUCGACGCGGUGCGGGAGGCGAGCCGGGGCAACGACGUGCGGGUGUAUCGCGUGACGAGGGACCAGACGCGCGUGGAGUACUGGGUAGUGACGCGGGAGGAGGGCCGGAUCGUCGGCGUCAAGGCCCUUGGUGUGGAAAGCUGAGGGACUGAAGUCGAUGCUGCUACGUUUUGGGAGUCAUAUAAGAUACGUAUGUAGGUACUCAUGGCCGCCGCCACGGAACGCAUACGUGGAGCUCGAGUGUACAUUGCUGUGCACCAGCCAGAACAUGUGCUUGGCGAACUAUGCCCGCCUAUCGAGCGGCAUUGUCUGGUCUCGGUCGUCUGUGUCGCAACCGGUGCUGCUCUGCUUUUAUUUGUGCCACCGGCUCGCGGAAUCGCUGCUCCUCGCGGACCCAACAAGCUUUUCG